CCCCCGUGUCUGCAGUAACCCCCUGUGUUUCAGUGUCCUGGCCCCGCUCCGCUACUGCUGCGAUUUCCGGCCCUACUUCACCAUCCACGACAGCGAGUUCAAGGAGUACACAACCCGCACCCAGGCCCCGCCCAACAUCGUUGUGGGUGUCACCAACCCUUUCUUUAUCAAGACGCUGCAGCACUGGCCGCACAUCCUGCGAGUGGGGGAGCUCAGGAUGUCAGGGGACCUGCCCAAGCAGGUGAAGGUGAAGAAACUGGCCAAGCUCAAAACCCUGGACACAAAACCAGGAAUCUAUACUUCUUAUAAAACAUUCCUUCACAAAGACAAAUCCCUGAUCAAAAGAUUGCUGAAGGGCAUCCAGAGGAAACGUCCCUCCGAGGUGCAGAGUGCCCUGCUGAGGCGUCACCUCCUGGAGCUCACCCAGAGCUUCAUCAUCCCCCUGGAGCACUAUAUUGCCAGCCUGAUGCCUCUGCAGAGAGCCAUCACUCCGUGGAAGAAUCCUCCCCAGAUCCGUCCUUUCUGCCAGGAGGAUUUCAUGAAGACCCUGGAACACGCUGGGCCCCAGCUCACCUGUGUGCUCAAGGGGGACUGGUUGGGCCUCUACAGGCGUUUCUUCAAGUCCCCGAACUUCGACGGCUGGUUCCGGCAGCGGCACCGGGAGAUGACCCACAAGCUGGAGGCCCUUCACCUGGAGGCCAUCUGUGAGGCGGACAUUGUGGCCUGGAUGAAGGACAAGUCCGAGGUGGAGAUCGUGGACCUGGUGCUCAAACUGAGGGAGAAGCUGGUGAGAGCCCGGUGCCAGCACCUGCCGGUGAAGGAGGAGACGCUGCGGCGGGUGGGGCUGUACAUCGACACCAUCAUCGGCUCCCUGCCCGAGGACCUGCAGGCUGUGCUGCACCACCCCUGAGCGCAGGGCAGGGCUCCUGGACGGCGAGGGGCGCUCCCAACCCCGCUCCCACCCCGCUCUGGGCAGCUGCAGUUGAGUUUGGAGAGGAAACUCCUUCCCCGAUCCCGCCGGCGGGGCCUGGAUCUCACCUGGGGUGACCCGGAGCGUGGGUCGGAGCCUGUGCGCUGUUCCCUGCCUGAUCCCGCUCCGAGGGGCUGGGCUGGGGCUGGCCACGAGGAAUUGUCCCCUGUGUGGCUGCCAGCAGGGCAGCACGUGCCAGGCUGUGCCCGGCCUGUAGUGCCCACUCACACGCCAUCCUCGUCUGGGGCAUUCCCAUUGCCUCAUCCUGGCUGGAAGGAGCAGGAGCAGCCCUGGUUGGGGCUCAGGACAGCUCCUGAUGAUGAGGAUGAGGUGAAGAAGCUGUCCCUGCCCUGAGCAGCCUGGCUCAUCCCAGCUCAAGCUCCAGCUGCAGGGAGAGGCGGGAGGAGGAAUUCUGGACGUGGAAAACUGCUGGAUUCUCUCCAGGGCAGAGCCAGAGAAGGAGAGGCUGGUGCAUCCCCAAGGAUCAGAGCUCUCCAGAGUGCCUGGGAUGGCUGCUGGGAGGAGCUGGCUCCAAUACCAUUCCCUGUGCCUGGAAGGUCAGGUCUGUGCUCCGAUGGCAGCCGGGACUGGGGCUGUGCCGGGGGCACUGGGAUGGCUGAGCUCACUCAGCUCACUACCUGUUGGAAAAUUGGAUUUCCACAGCCCAUGCCAAGAGGGAAUGCACAGGAUUGGGCCUUGCUGCUCUGCUCCUGCCUGGGAUCCCCUUCCUGCCCUGGAAAUGGAUUCACUGUGAGCCCUUCAAGGCCUUUGCUGCUCCGUAUCUGCAUUUCCCCGUCUGGGUGUCUGGCCAGGGCUGAAAUUUUUGCCUAA